AUGUCCCCCGGCUCGGCGUGCCAACGAUGCAGGAAGCGACAUAUCAAGUGUGAUGCAACAAGGCCUAGCUGCAAGCAGUGUACCUCGGCCAACCAUGACUGUCCCGGAUACAGUGAAGACUGGAAGUUCAUCAACAACGGCGCCAGACCUCCUCCGAAGCGGCAGAAGAGGCGAAAUUCCCGCGCAGGCGAGGCACACGGAAUCAAGGGAGCUGCGGAAUUGGUAAAGAAACGCCCCGAGACCCGGCUACGCGAGGAUACUACAGUAGAGGUCCGUCGCAUCACCACCACCCAGAGACCAGAACCGCUGGACAUUCCGGUAUUGGACUAUUCGAAAGAAUCUGAAGCCGCACUACAGAGCUUGGACCCGUCAUUAUCGCUCUCUGACGGUUUCGUCUUUGAGCUCGGAAAUGGCGGUGUUAGUGAAGCUAAUGAUGGUGGUCUGCAGCCCGGCCACUUCGGGGCUCCUGGACCUGCCCCUGAGGCAUCUCCGGGAUUGAUGUCUUCUGAAUCGGGCAGCGGGUUUGAGACGGGGCUUGCUGCCCUAGCCUCAGAGUUUAUGCUGGAGAGCGAGCAGGAGAUGGUCUUUCUUCUGCGGCAUUAUACGGACAACCUGGCUUCGUGGCUGGACGUAUUUGGAGACAAUUCCUUCUUCCAGACGUGUAUGCCUCGUCUUGUAGGAGCUCACGCAGCAAUCAAGUACGCAAUCGCCGCGCUCGCUGCGAAGCACUUGAGCAACGUUGGCGGCUUUCGUCCCGCCCAGAACUGCGUGAGGAGCAACUUGGCCUUGACGGAGCUGUAUCCAAAUACGGUCCAUGUCGACUGGGCGUUCAAGGCUGCCAAUUACUAUCACCGAGCGGCUACCACUUCGCCGCUUCACACCGCCAGCGAAUCUGCUCUGCGCGAGGCGGGUUCUUCUAUCUUGGCGGAUGUUGCGAUGGCGAGUAAUGCCAUAUUGACCGUUUAUGAAUUGCUCGACUCGAAUUAUGAUGAAUUUUAUACGCGGAUACGUAACAUCAAGAGCAGUCUUAUGAGACCUAAUCCCACCGAGGGCUCAUCGCCUGACUCAAUCUUCACUCCCUUCAAAUUCCACGGCAGCCCUGCAGCUCUAGCCAGCUUCUGGCACUGCAUGCCUCACGAUCUCCUUACCUCGUAUGACCAAAAACGAAUACCGUUACUAGACCUUGAAACUCCGUAUAGCAGCAAUCCAGGGGUACUCGGUAGUGAAUUUGAUGACCCUAGCGAAUCUGCAUCCAUGGCCAGAACGCCCUGGGCACAACUCUUCCUCUUGGUAACACAGAUCAUUGACAAGUUUACCGCUACUACCAGAAGCAGUGAUGGUAACACGAAGAUUGUGGAACCCAGAAGCUGGCACCAUCUCUGGAAUGCUCUGGACCGGUGGCACACCCAGCUGGACCUACACUUUGAGCCAUAUUCCCAUUACGCGCUCUCCAGCCAUUUGACUCUCUCUCAAGGCCCAGCAGAGCCUGUCUUCGACGAGAUUCUCUUCCCAACUGCCGUAUCCGCGGCUACGCUGUCGUACUAUCACUUCUCACGCGUGCUUCUACUGCUCGCAAAACCGAUCGACCAAUCAAACCCUCUGAUUCAGCUGAAGGAUUACAGAGAAAGGUUGCUGGAUAUCAAGGACCACUGUGUGAAAAUAUGCGGAAUAGCCGCGGCCCGGCCGGGGUACGCUGCUCGGAUUCACUCGGUGCAUCCGCUGUUCUUGGCUGGGCAGUGCUUGGAGGAGCCGCGGGAGAGGAGAGCCGUGGUCCAGCUUUUGCAGGAUGUCGAGGCCGAUACGGGAUGGCCUACGGCAAGUCUGGUUAGGAGGCUUCAUCAGGAAUGGUGCAAUAAUGAUCAGAUAAGCUGA